AACAAAACACUUGCUAUUAAAUGCAAAAUUUUCAAGCCAGUAUUUGACCGGAUUGGUAUUGUAUCGCUCUACAAUGAAUUUUCAAAAUCUCGAGCUCAUAGAGGAUGCCGAACAAAACAUGGAAGUCUGUCGUACUUGCGGCAUUUACUACAUGUACAAUACAACACACAUGACGCCAAUAUUUCAAGCUUCUGAAUUAGGAGCCGUCGAUGGAAUAAAUGGUUGUGAGAUGUCAGAAGUAGUACAACAGAUGAAUGAAUGGAACCUUGGGGUAAAUCCAGACGACGGACGAUCCCAGCAAAUCUGCUCGGCUUGUACAUCAGAAUUUAAAAGGUUGCUCAAAUUUAAGCGGUGCUGUUUGGAGGCCCAGGUGCAUUAUGAUCAAGCAACAUUUAUAAAAAAGGAAAUAGAUAUGCCCAAGGAGCAGAGUUUCUGCGGUUUCGUUUAUUUGGACAGUGACGAAGAAAGCGGUGAAGAUGACGGUAGCCAGAAUGUUUGGGCUCCUUUUGAUAUACCACAUGUGCCUAUUAAAGAAGAGCAUACCGCGCGCGUUCCGCUCGAUAUGCCAAGCCAUCCAUCACCGGCGUUGCUAAUUAAUCGGCCAGAGGCAGCCUUUUUGGUACAAAAUGUAGACAAACUGCAACCAAUAAUACAAGAAAAGGCGAACAAGAAAAUUUAUAAGUUUACUUAUGAAGAUGACGUAGAAAUUAACGACAGCCCGUCCCUGCCCGCGCCUAAAGUGGAUACCAGUAUAUACUGCAAAUUAUGUGGGCAGGGCUCAAAAACACUGGAGCAGCACACCGAACAUAUGAACAACAUACAUCUGCUAAAGAAUUGUGAGUGCCAUAUCUGCGGCAAAAAGUUCACAAACGUGCCUGAGUCGCGCAUCAGAUAUCACAUAAAGUGGCAUAGACUACAAAAUCAUCUCAAGUGCCCAAUUUGUGGAUUCUUUUGCAAUUCCAGGGACACACUCAAUGAGCACAAGUUGGCCGUGCAUUCACGCACAAAAUGUGAUUUUUGUGGCAAGCAAAUAUUGAAUAAGCAACUGCAAGCGCAUUUCAACCGACAUAUACGUGAAAACGAGGAGGAGCUGGCACGUACAUUGGUAACUCUGCAGCCAGUGGAAAUACCGCAAACGCCCUCGCCAGAAAUAAUACAAUUAGAGUGUGCCUUUUGCGAUAGUAUAUUUGACAAUUCGGACAAAUUAGAAGCACAUGUACUAGCCACACAUAAAAUGCCAAAGCAAAUGGAGUUAGCAGCGCCACAGUUUGAACCGGGUCAACAGUCAUACCAAUCAGAGAACACACCAAUGUCUAUUAACAAGCUAGUAGUUAGCCCGUUGACGGUCCCUGAGGUAGAUAGUCCACAUUCCACACUCAGCGACGAAAAACUUGAGAAUUUGCUUGAACAGUUAUACCAAGCAGAAAACUUAUCAUUGCAGAUUAAUGAGCCAACAGUUUGCCCAUUGACUGAGGCAGAUUGUUUACAUUCCAACAGCCCAGGGCAUCCUACUGACUCCAAGACAAUGUACAAGUGUCAUAUUUGCGGUAAAUCCUUUAAUUUAAAAAUCAAACUCAAUCGCCAUAUAAAGCUUCACACCAAGGCGCCAUUCUAAUAAAGUAAACAAGGUUUUCUCACCAUUUUUUUUUAAAGUUAAGUUUUCUAUGUUUUAC